GCUCAUGUACAGAAAGUUUUAUUAAAAUCUGAGAGGGUGCUGCCAACAUUUGUUCGAGUUGACGCGAAAUUCGUCUGUUACGACAUCAAUUAGCCUCUAACAAUCAAAUGUGAUGCAAGUUAUUUUGGACAUGGGGUAGCUGUCUAUCAAUCAGACAAUGUUAUUGGGUAUGCAUCGAGGUUAUUGGGUUUGCAUGCACUCGAUUCGUGUAGUUUAUCGCCGGCAACCAAACGACCUUAAUCAGGACAGCCGCUCAUCAGCUUGUUCCAGAAACCACUACUUUCUGAUCGACGUAGACUACAUCGAGCUUGCUUCCGGCAAGGACGAAGUCUUCGCAAAUGCUUUAUUUCAUGCACCACUAGAAAAGGGUUUGAGUUUAAAAAAAUUGCCAUAUAUAAAGUUUUGAAAGAAGCUGAAGGACUCCAACUGAGCAAGUACCUGUGCGGAUGAAAUAAGGACUGAGACCGGAAAGAACCGGACGAUGCAAUGGAUUAUCGGAUUCAUACAGCAUGGUUGGCCCGUAACAUUAUUUCAAUUAGAAUGCUUCAUAUUGGAUACGAAUUCAGCAAGUUAUUAAUCAUUGGAUUGGAUACGCCGGCUCUUCCACGUUAGUAAACUGCUGAUCACCCCUACUUUUCUAGAUAAUCAUCUUCUAUUAAUUAUUGAUAGAUCACCAUUCAACUCGACUCUGUUUUUUGUUUUGUCUUUAGUCAUUGUCUCAACGUUCAAGGAUGAGCUGCUGCCAAACAUUGUUGUUCAAAUAUUUCUUCAACGGUUAUAUCUUUCUACUGCGCUGUUUCUGCCUAUUGUCGUUCAAAUUUAAUACUUCCCAUCGAGCGUUCUAUUAUUCAAAUAUAUCCUUCGUAUAUACCAUCAUCUUCAUUCUUGCCUACGCCUACAUCCUUCCGCAGUAUUUGGAAGUUGUCUUUCGAUUGGUGACAGGUACCUCACCACAAAUCACCAAACUUUUGACAGGUUUCUGGCUCAGCACAAUCUAUCUAGGAGGGAUCGUUCCUUGUCUAGUAGGCCUUGUAUACCGCAAAAGUAUUCUCAACCUGUACAACAGCUACGUCCGGUUAUGGUACACUCUUAAACAAGGAGUUCCGGAAAAUUUUGACAGGAAAAUUUUCUAUCGUUUUAUUUUUAAAUCCGUUGUCAUCGAUGGAGUCUGCAUCGUCGGAGCAGUGGGAAUCCGCGUACGGUUUUAUUGGUUGAAUGGACGUACACCGUAUCAGUUGUAUGAUGCUCUGUUUAAUUACUUUAUUCUAUCAAUGCACGCCUGUGUAUCUAAUCUCUUUGUCAUCGUUGCAUACCUUGGGGCGCACUACUUUCGGAUAUUGAACUAUAGAAUUCAAAUGGUUAACGGUAUGCUCAAGGAACUUGACCACAAUCGGGAGUGCUGGUGGUCUAAACCGAAACUUAAAACAAGGAUAUACAAGCGUCCUAUUCGAGAGCUAUACAAGCUGGCGCGAUUACACGGUGAAAUCAACCGAACUAUACAAAAGUUCAUGGAACUGCAUGACCCUUCACUGCUAGUUAUUGUAGUUAGAGGUUUCAUCGGUAUAAUACUAGGAACAUACGCCAUGGUGGUUAUACCGCUUCGGAUCAUUUUCCUCCCAACGAUCGACGUGUAUGUUUAUCUUCUGCUUCAGCUUGUUAUUUAUUUUUUUCAUUUCUUUUACCUAGUGGAGAGUGCAGCAUUAUUUACAAGAAGGGCUGAAAAAACCGGUACUAUUCUAGACGAUUUCUCGAGGAAAGAGGCUAAUGAGCUAUUGGACACAGCAAUUGAAACGAUUAGCCUGGAACUACUUCAUCGGGACCAUAAAAUUUCUAACAUUGGCUUGUACUAUAUUGACUUUUCGUUGAUCUAUGCGGUAAGCUGGAGGAAACAAUAAGCCUUUUACAAAUUUGAACUAAAAAUGUUGCUAUACUUGUUGCAGGCU